CAGCCGGAAUAUUACCGUGCUGAAAUUGAACAAACAGCUUCGGAGGAGGAUAAUCAACAACUUGCAACAUCAAACUUUGUAUUAUCACCAGAGGAUCCAGAACGUGCUGUUGAUCCUGAAACACAAGCAAGAUUAGAAGCACUUCUUGAAGCUGCUGGUAUUGGUAAAUUAGCAUCAAGUGAUGGUAAACAUUUAGCUGAUCAUGAAGUAUUACGACGUUUAACAUCAAGUGUAUCAUGUGCACUUGAUGAAGCUGCUGCAGCAUUGACACGUAUGCGCAGUGAUAAUCCUCGUAAUCAAAAUGAAAAACGUACAUUAGUUGAGGCAUGUACUGAUGGUGAUGUUGGUACUGUUAGAAAAUUAUUAACUGAAGGACGUAGUGUACAUGAGACAACAGAAGAAGGUGAAAGUUUAUUGUCACUUGCUUGUUCAGCUGGUUAUUUUGAACUUGCACAGGUAUUAUUAGCAAUGAAUGCAAACGUUGAAGAUCGUGGUAUCAAGGGUGAUUGCACUCCAUUGAUGGAAGCAGCAAGUGCUGGCCAUGUUGAUAUUGUUGGAUUAUUAUUGACGCAUGGUGCUGAUGUGAAUGCUCAAUCUACAUCAGGUAACACACCAUUAAUGUAUGGUUGUGCUGGUGGUCACGAAGAAGUAGUUAAAGUACUGCUCAAUAAUAAAGCGAAUGUUGAAGACCACAAUGAAAAUGGACAUACACCAUUAAUGGAAGCAGCAAGUGCUGGACAUGUAGGAGUUGCAAAAAUAUUAUUAAGUCGUGGUGCUGGAAUUAAUACACAUUCAAAUGAAUUUAAAGAAUCAGCAUUGACAUUGGCAUGUUAUAAAGGUCACCUUGCUAUGGUUAAAUUUUUACUUGAAGCUGGUGCUGAUCAAGAACAUAAAACUGAUGAAAUGCAUACAGCACUUAUGGAAGCAUCAAUGGAUGGUCAUGUUGAAGUUGCCAGAUUAUUAUUAGAUUCUGGUGCACAAGUUAAUAUGCCAACAGAUAGCUUUGAAUCACCCCUAACACUUGCUGCAUGUGGUGGUCAUGUAGAUUUAGCAAUGUUAUUAAUUGAAGGUGCAAAUAUUGAAGAAGUCAAUGAUGAAGGAUAUACACCACUUAUGGAAGCAGCACGUGAAGGACAUGAAGAAAUGGUUGGAUUAUUAUUAGGUCAAGGAGCAAAUUUAAAUUCACAAACUGAUGAAACACAAGAAACAGCAUUAACACUUGCAUGUUGUGGUGGUUUUUUAGAAGUUGCUGAUUUUUUAAUAAAAGCAGGUGCUGAUAUUGAAUUAGGUGCAUCAACACCACUUAUGGAAGCAGCACAAGAAGGACAUCUUGAUCUUGUUAGAUAUUUACUUGAAUCUGGUGCUGAUGUACGUGCACAAACACAAACUGGUGAUACUGCAUUAACAUAUGCAUGUGAAAAUGGACAUACUGAUGUUGCUGAUUUAUUAUUACAAUUUAAUGCUGAUUUAGAGCAUGAAUCAGAAGGUGGACGUACACCAUUAAUGAAAGCAUGUCGUGCUGGACAUCUUUGUACUGUACAAUUUUUAAUAUCAAAAUUGGCAAGUAUUAAUAGAAGUACAACAAAUAAUGAUCAUACACCAUUGUCACUUGCUUGUGCUGGUGGUCAUGCUAGUGUUGUUGAAUUAUUACUAUCACAAUCUGCUGAUCCAUUCCAUAAAUUAAAGGAUAAUUCAACUAUGCUUAUUGAAGCUGCAAAAGGUGGACAUACAAAUGUUGUACAAUUAUUACUUGAUUAUCCACAUAGUAUAAUGAUGAAUUCAUCACAAAAUAAUACAACAACAACAUCAUCAUCGUCAUCAUCGUCAUCAUCAUCAUCUGCAUCAUCUGCAUCAGCUGGUGUUGCUAUUGCCGUUGGUGCACAUGCACCAGUAUCAACACCUGCCUUUCCAAUAUAUCAAAUAACUCCUAAUAAUCAUACAACACCAAUACCACUACCACAACCACCACCAACAACAACAGCAACAAUAGCAACAACGACCUCAUCAUCAUCACCACCAUCAUCGUUAGUACUACAACAACAACAUGUAAACCAAAAAUCAAAUACUGCUGGACAGAUGUCUUUACAAACAGUAACACCAGCAUCAUUAACACAAAUAAUACCAAUAACAACACAACAACAACAACAAAAUUUGGGACAAAUACCACAAAAUCAACAAAUACCAAUUAUUCAACAACAACAGAAUCAACAACAAUCAACUGCUGAACAAAACCAAAAUCAAAAUAUUCCAAAACUUAAUAAUGGUAAAUCAUUAUUAAGAAAAAAUAGAUCAGCCUCAAUGAUGCUUGAUAUGAAUUUAACAUCAGCUGAAGCACAACAAGUUCGUACACAACCAGCAGGUGAAGCUAUUAUUACAUCAAGUAAUAUUAAUAAUGAUAAUAAUAGUAGUGGAAAUUCAACUUGUACUAUUGAUGGUUGGACACGUACAUGUCCACCAUUUGCUAAUUUAACUGAACCAGAUGUAACAGUAAGUCCAGCCUCAACUUCUUCAACUGAUAAUAAUAAUCUUAGAAUUCACAGAGAAGAACAAAUUCCAAAACAACAAAUUUAUGAAGAACUACAAAUGGUUGAACGUGAAUUACAAAAGAAAGGUAAUAAUCUAUAUCUUGGAAGUUCACGUGCUGAAAUGGAUGAACAAAGUAGACAACAACCUGAAGAUAAUGUUGCUGAAUCAAAUGAUCAAUUAAUGCCAGUGUUUAGCAUUGAUUUACCAGCUCAAUCAUUAAAUACUACAUCCAGUGGACCACAUGGACCAUCAUUAAUACCAGAUGAAGAAAUAGAAAGACAACGCUCGUAUCAGCAAGGUCAACGUAUUUUAUUGGAGGCAGGUUUACGACGUUUACAACAAACCUUGCCAUCAUCAACAAGUAAUAGUGUAGCAAUGAUACCAAUUACAACAAUGUCAAUGUCAACAGCAACAACGACAAUGACUAUGACAAUGACAACGACAACAUUUCAAGCAGUAUCACCUCAUAUACAAUUACCACUCUCAGCAACAACAACAACAACAACAAAUGUUAUACCAGCAUCAUUGUCCUCGUUCACAUUGUCCCAACAACAAAACCAGGCAAUUACUCAAUUGGCACAAACAAUAACAACACCACCUCCAACAUUAACAACAACAACAAUAUCAAAUCCUCAACAAAUAACGACAAUUAAUGAUGUUAAUCAAAACACUGCCAUAAGUGAUCGUCCAAAAGCUAAACCAAUAUCAAAAAAAGAAAUUCGUAAAUUAACAGCUGCCGGUAGAUUAUUACAAAAACAAUCAGAACAACAACAACAACAUCAACAACAGGUUAAUCUUAUGGCUGGUUUACAACAACAGUAUCAGGAAAAACAACGUCAACAUACUUAUCAAGUUCAACAAGUACAACAAUUACAACAAUUGAAUGAACAGCUCCAAUUACAAUUGGAUAAUGUCCAGGUACAACAGCAACAACAAGAACAUCAACAACAAGAAGGCGUGGUGGUUGGUAGUGGUGGCGAUAUCCUAAUGCCUAGUCAGCUGGUUGAACAACAACUACACCCCACUCAGACACCCCAUCAUGGCAAUCUACAUGAUCAGCAAACAGCUCUGGAUAAUACAAGAGAGAUGACGGAUAUGGCUAAAUUUCAUACAGAAAAAAAAGCAUGGCCAUGUAUUGCUGCUGCAUUAAAAAGUUCAAAAGCAUUGACCAACGAUAAAAUGCUUAAAUUUCAAGAUGGAAUGCAGAUACCAAUUGAUGAAGUUGUUGAAAUUAUUGAAUCUUUUACCUUCGACGAUGUGCCUAAUGCUGAAAAUGAAGAUCUGGAAAAGUUGGAUUUAAAUAAAUUAAAAAUUUCAGGAUCUAUUGAAGAAUCAGAUUUAAAAAUAUCAGUGGAUGAAAAUAUGAAAUUUUUGCAAAAUAAAGCCAAUGAACAGGAACGUCAAGUCGCAAAUGAUGAUCAUGUGCGAAAUGAUGAUGUCUCAUUAGAUUCAAAAGAUGUUGAGUUAUAUAAUUCUUUUAAAAGUUUUGGACAAACGAAUGAAGAGACAGAUUCAAAAGUAUCAGACGAAAAAAAAAUGAAGUUUUUACAAAAUAAGGAAUGUCAAUUACCAAAUGAUGACCAUAUGAGAAAUCUUUUUGUAUCAUUGGAUUCAAGAAAUGCUAAUGUAAUUGAAGAUUUUCCAGAGAGUCUUAGACAAACAAAUAAACUUGUUCAUGAACCUUAUGAGCCACAUCAACCAUCACCAAGACAAAAUCAAUCAACUAAUGCUGGAAGACCUGCUCAACAAUCAAAUGGUUUUGCUCAGCCAUUAAGUGGAACAGUAACAAGUCUUAGUCAAGUUCAAGCAUCAACUCAAACACCAGCAAGUAAUUUACCAUCAAAUGCAUCAUCAAUUGCUAGUUGUUCAGAUAAAAAACAAGUUUAUACAUCUGUUGCUGGUGGUAAAGGAAAAAAAGCACGUUAUCCAUUAUUAUCAUCUCAACCACAACAACAACAACAACAAACUUGUCAGCAACAACAACAAACUUGUCAACAACAAAUAUCUCAAGUACAACAACAGUCACAGACAAAUCAGAUGCCUUUAAAUUUUUCAAUAGCAAAUGGCCAACAAACACAAACAGUUGGUUCAGUUGUUCAAACUUAUCCAGUUCAGCAUACUCAACAGCAACAACAGCAACAACAAUUACAACAACAAUAUCAACAACAAUUACAGCAACAACAACAACACCGAUAUGAUCCCUCAACUGUAGCUGCAGCAGCAGCGGUAGUAACAGCAAUGACAUCAACGUCAACAACAACAGCUGUUGCUACAAGUACAAGUCAAUAUCCUUCAACAGGUAAUACAGUAUCAACAAAUACAAGUCCAGUUAAUACUGGUUUUACAGCACCAGGUAAUCAAGUUGCAUUAGCACCAUAUUCUUGUAUGGAUGUUGAUUCAGAAACAGAUAGUAAUCAUGAUACAGCAUUAACACUAGCAUGUGCUGGUGGUCAUGAAGAACUUGUUGAAUUUUUAUUAUCACGUACUGCUGAUAUUGAACAUCGUGAUAAAAAAGGUUUUACACCAUUGAUAUUAGCAGCAACAGCUGGUCAUCAAAAAGUUGUUGAAAUAUUAUUAAAUAAUGGUGCUGAAAUUGAAGCACAAUCAGAAAGAACAAAAGAUACACCAUUAUCAUUGGCAUGUAGUGGUGGUAGAUAUGAAGUUGUUGAAUUAUUACUUAAUCGUGGUGCAAAUAAAGAACAUCGUAAUGUAUCAGAUUAUACACCACUUAGUUUAGCAGCAUCUGGAGGUUAUGUUAAUAUUAUAAAAUUAUUAUUAAAUCAUGGAGCUGAAAUAAAUUCACGUACUGGUUCAAAAUUAGGUAUAUCACCAUUAAUGUUAGCUGCAAUGAAUGGUCAUAGUUCAGCAGUUAGAGUAUUACUUGAUAUGGGAAGUGAUAUUAAUGCACAAAUUGAAACAAACAGAAAUACAGCAUUAACAUUAGCAUGUUUUCAAGGUAGACAUGAAGUUGUUAGUUUAUUAUUGGAUAGAAGAGCUAAUGUUGAACAUCGUGCUAAAACUGGCUUGACACCAUUAAUGGAAGCAGCAAGUGGUGGUUAUGUUGAUGUUGGUAAAGUAUUAUUAACAAAAGGUGCUGAUGUUAAUGCAACACCAGUACCAUCAUCACGUGAUACAGCAUUAACAAUUGCUGCUGAUAAAGGACAUUGUCGUUUUGUUGAAUUAUUAUUAUCACGUGGUACACAAGUUGAAGUUAAAAAUAAAAAAGGUAAUAGUCCACUAUGGUUAGCAGCAAAUGGUGGACAUUUAAAUGUUGUUGAUUUAUUAUAUCAUGCUGGUGCUGAUAUUGAUUCACAAGAUAAUCGUAAAGUAUCAUGUCUUAUGGCUGCAUUUCGUAAAGGACACAUGAAAGUUGUUAAAUGGAUGGUUAAUCAUGUUACACAAUUUCCAAGUGAUCAAGAAAUGACAAGAUAUGUUGCAACAGUUAAUGAUAAAGAUUUAUUAGAAAAAUGUCAUGAUUGUGUUGAAAUAAUACGUGCUGCUAAAGAAACACAAGCAGCAAAAGCCAAUAAAAAUGCAUCAAUAUUACUUGAAGAAUUAAAUAUGGAAAAAUCACGUGAAGAAUCUAAAAAAGCAGCAGCAGCACGUAGACGUGAACGUAAAAAGAAAAAGAAACUUGAAAAAAAAGAAGAAAAACGUAAAUUACAUGAAGAAAAUAAAAAAAAUGAAACAACAACAUCAACAUCAUCAAUAUACAAUGAUAAAGAUGAUGAUGAAGAUGAUGAUGAUGCUGCUGAUAAAAAAACUGAUGAUGAAGAUGCUGAUAAUGAUAAUAGAAUACAUGAUAAUGAAAGUGAUAAUGAUGAAGAUGGUGUUGAUAGUUGUGAAAGAUUAGAUAAUGUACCAUCACCAUCACCAGUUAAUCGAGUUAGUCCAGAUGAUCAUGAUAAAGAAGAAGGUGAUAGUGGUAUUGAUGCUAAUAGUCAAGGAAGUUGUAGUAGCAAUGAUGUUAAAGCACGUGAACGUAAAAAAGAUAAAAAGAAAAAAAAUAAUAAAAAUAUUCCAAAUAAUAAUAGUAAUAAUAUUAAUAGUAAUAAUAAUAAUGAUAAUAGUAAUAGUAAUAAUAAUAUUAUUAAUAAUAAUAGUAGUAGUAGUAAUAUUAAUAAUAAUAGUAAUAAUAGUACUAGCAAUGAUAAAAAUACAUCAACAAAUGUGUUCAACUCAACAUCGAGUCAAAAAAAUCAGACUGUGACAUCAACCAAUAAAUCAUUAUUAACAACAACAGCAGCAGCAGCAGUAGUAACAACAACAAUUACUACUACUGCUACUACUACUACUACUACAUCAUCGACAAAAAAUAAUAAUAAUAUUAUUACGGAUAAACGUUUAAAUUCAAAUACUACAAUUGUAUCAAAUUCAAUUGGUUCAACAAAUGUUCGUUCAACUUUAACUGCAACAUCAUCAAUAUCUUCCACUUCUACACAACCAUCAACAAGUACCUCAUCAUCUGAUCGUAAACAUAAUUCAACAAAUAAAUCACAUAAUCUUAUUUUUGAAUCAUCAAGACAUCCAGCUGAUCGUGAAGAUUUUGAAGCAACUGGAAAUGAUUGUUAUAUAUCAGUCAAAGGAAAAAAGACAAAUAAUAAUAAUAAUAAUAAUAACAAUCAGUAUGAUGCUGAUACACUCAAUGCAAUUGUCAAUAAAAAUAAUUUAACAAGUCCAAAACAAGCUGGAAAAAGAGAUGAAGGAUGGAAAGAAGUUGUAAGAAAAGGCCAGUCAGAUGACUCCAAUAGAUUUACAAAUUCUUCCUUUCGUACGAUAAAAGUAUCUGUACCACCAACUGCUAUUAGUAGGGUUAUUGGACGUGGUGGAAGUAAUAUUAAUGCUAUUCGUACAGCAACUGGUGCUCAUAUUGAAGUUGAAAAACAAAGCAAAGGCCCAGGUGAACGUACAAUUACAAUAAAAGGAUCACCAGACGCUAGUAAACAAGCUUCCAACUUGAUUAAUAGUCUUAUUAAAGAUCCAGAAUUUGAUAUACAACAAGUGUUAACAAAAAACAGGUUACCAAUUGCUGGACAAUCAACUUGGGACAAAUCAAUGUUAACAUCAAAUGUUACACUUAAACCAAAAAUGGUUUUAUCUGUUAAUAAACCAACAACAUUACUUACUGGAUUAACAAAUUCUAAUAUUAGUAAAACUACCUACAAUGCAACAGGUAUGUCAUCAGUAAGUCAAAUAAUGCCAAUGCGUUCAACUUCAACAAUUAAACUUCCUGGUGUAUUUACUCCACCAUUGACACGUGGUGCACCAUUAACAGCUGUAACUAAUGUAACAGUACCACCACCACCACCAUCAUCACGUCUUAUUGCAACAAAUGAUAAACGUACACAUGUUGUGUCAUCUUCGACGUCACCAUCACCAUCAUCAUUGACGUCGUCAUCAUCAACAUUGUCAUUAUCAUCAACAUCAACAAGUGAACAAACGACAAAUAAUAAUACACGUACAACAAUGUCAUAUACAAGUGCAAUAAUGACAUCAGGUAGAACCACAAAAGUUGUUACAACCAAUACAAAUCAAACAUUUGCAGCAAAAUUAUCAGAAGUUACUGCUACAACUGCACAACUACCACCACCACCACCUCAACCACUAUCUUCAACAUCAUCAGCAACAGCAGUAACAACAGCUGCAGCGACAAUAACAACAGCAGCAGCAGCAACAACAACAACAACAACAACAGCAGCAGCUAAUCUAUCAAAUAAUUGUCAAAUGACCAAUAAAAAUAUAUUGUGUAAUAAAACACAAACAAAUACAGUGGUUGUAACAUCAUCAACAAUUGUAACAACACCACCAUCACCACAACCACCACCACCUAUUGCACCAGCAUUGUCAAUAGCAUCAUCUUUGACAUUGUCGUCAUCGUCUUCAUCUUCAUCAUCCUCGUCAUCUUCAUCGUCAUCGUCGUCAGUAUCGUCGACGUCAUCACAGCAAUCAACUAUGAUGAGUAUAUCACCAAAACAUUCUCGACCAAUGUCUAAUUUAUCAACACCAACGAUGCCACAUUAUGCUAAUAAAACUUGUUAUUCACCAAAUACGUCGUCGAAUUGUUCUGAAAAUAAUUUAUUAUCAGCAUCAACAAAUUCAAUGCGUGUUACACCAUCACCACCGGUUGUUCAACAAGUUUUAAAUCAACCAACUCCUCAACAAAUACAGCAGCAACAACAACAGCAACAACAACAUCAGCAGCAGCAACAACAACAAUUGCAACAUGCUGCCCAACAGCAUCAUCAACUUGCUCAACAACACGCUGCUCUUCAACAACAACAUCAGCAGCAACAGCAGCAACAGCAGCAGCAACAACAACAACAACAAAUUGUACAACAGCAACAACAACAACAACAUCAACAAAUGCGAAGUACAACACCAGUUGUUGCUCAAAUUCAUGAACAACAACAACAACAACAACCAAAUAAUAAUAAUCAGCCACAACGUACAAAUACACCACUUGAGUAUUCAUUGUUUAAUAAUACAUUUUCAAAAGUAACUCAACAAUCAAUGUGGGGUCCUCGUGAUAAUGAAAUGACACAUCAAAAAGGUAUGAAUUUUGCAACAGUUGCUGGUGGAGGUUCAUCAAAUAAUUCAUCAAAUAUACCAACAAAUAAAUUUAUUGAUAAUUCACCACCACAAGUUGAUGCAUCAAAAGCACCUGGUUAUCGUGGUAAUUCAAUGUGUUCACCUGUAUCAAGCAAAACAAAUCAAUCAAUAAAUAAUAGUAAUACAUCAUCACCAAUGAAUAAUGUAUCUGGUGUAUCACCAUCAAGUAUACCUAAUCAGAUGCAAACACAACAAUUUCAAGCUUCACUUAAUUUUAAUAUUGAACAACAUCAAAUACAAACAAAUAAAACAACCAGUGGACUUGCUGUUGCACGACCAGUUAUGAAUCAGCAAUCAACAAUUGAUCAUCAAAAUACUGGAUUAGUAGGACAAUUUAAUCGUAAUGUAUAUCCCAGUGAGAUUGCAUCAAGAAAUGCACAACAACAACAACAACAUCAGCAUCAACAACAACAAAGAGAAAUGCAAGUGAAUCAACAGGUACAAAAUCAAUCAGCACCACCACCAACACAACAACCACCUUCACAAAAUCAACAAAUUCAAGAUUCUCAACAACAACAACAACAACAACAACAACCACCACCACCACCACAGCAGCAACAACAACAACAACCAUCUCAGCAGCAGCAGCAACAACAACAACAACAACAGCAACAACAGCAGCAACAACAACAGCAGCAGCAGCAACAACAACAACACCAACAGCAACAACAACAUAUUGAUGUUGGUUUAUAUAAAAAUAGUAAUAAUGCAUAUGAUCAUUCAAAUGUAAAUUCAAGUUUAUUAAAAAUGGUGCCAAAUGAUGGACAACAAAGUGGUCAUCCAAUAAUACCAUUUCAUCAACAUAUACCAAGUCAUAUGCAAGCAAUGAAUCAAUCAGGUAAUGUUAAUACAGUUAGUAUGUCACGUCUUAAUCCACGUGCACCUGAUUUUUCAAGUUCAUUACAUUUAAAUAGUAAACAACAACAACAAGUUGCCAUGUUUAAUUCACAACAAAAUGUUUUACAUCCAAAUAUAUUUCCUCCAAUUCCAACACAAGGACCAUUACCACCACCACCAACACAAUUACAAAAUAAUAAUUUAGCUAUGAUGAAUAAUUAUCAAAUUGGUAAAUAUCAACAAAGUGGUGGUAAUAAUAAUAAUAAUAACAAUAAUAGUAAUAAUAAUAAUCGUGGUCCAGCAAAUAUAUCAACAAAUGGACAAACAAGAUGGUAUUGUUAUCAAGAACAAAUGAUGGCACAAAUGAAUUAUCAAAAUCAUUUAAAUAAUAUGACUGCUGCUAUUGAAUUAAUAUCAACUAUUGAAAAUGGUGCAUCACCAGCAAUGUCACCAGUACAAAUACCACAAGAUAUUAAUCAAAUGAAAAUUGAAGAUAGAAAAGUUGUACCAAAACCAAUUGGUAAUGAAAGACAAUAUAAAAAUUUUAAUCCAAAUAUGGUAAGUGGUGUUGAAGCUGAACCAAUGAAUUGGGUAUUACCAAAUAAUGAAAAAUUAGUUAAUUCAUGGAAUCCACCACCACCACAACAACAAUUAACAAAUAUGGAUAGACAUCAAAUAUUUAGAACAAAUCCAUCUUAUAAUCGUGUACCAAAUAUGGAAGCUGAUUUACAUCAUGGAAUUGAUACAGCUUAUAUGGCUCAUAUGGAUAGUCAACAAGGUUUUCCAAAUGGUAGUACAGCAGCAUUAGCAAUGAUACCAGGAUUAACAAUAAUGCCAGGACAAUAUGGUAAUCCUCCACCAACGUUAUCUGACAUGCAACCACAAAAUGAUAAAAUUGACGCACCUGGAUGGAGUUUACCUGAUCCAAAUGUUCAUGAUAAAAAACAACAUCCAUCAUGGAACGCUGGCCCAACAAAAUGGCAUUAAAUAAAUAUUAUUUAAAAAUUAAACUCGGCUAUUACUACUCUCAUUAAUUCGCAAAAGAUCUGCUCAAGAUGAUACAAUGAUAAUGACGAUGGAUCCAACAAUGAUUCAUAUUUAUUCACGUCUAUGAUGAAGCAACUAAAAAGAUAUAUUUGAAUGAUUAUUAUAAAAAUUGAAAUUAUGAUUAAUAAAAAAAAAAAAAAAUAAUAUUAAUAUUAAUAAUAAUAAAUAAAUUUAGUUGUAGUAGUUGAUGAAACUGGCAUAACGAAAGCGUUGUUUUUAGACACCACAUUAAAUUACAUUGCUACCUAUAUUCAUUGACACCCAGCAAAUUAAAAAAAUUAUAAUUAAAAAUAUAAUAAUAAAUAAAUAAAAAACGAAAAAAAAAAAAAAAAAAUUUAAA